CUGCUUCAAGGGAUGGCAGAGGGGCCUGAGCUAGCCCAAAAGGGGGACUUGACAAUUGGAGGCAUUUUCUCAUUUCGCACCAGGCAAAAAUACAUCAUUGACACAUUUGAGACCAUUCCUCAGAAACGACAAUGCCAGAACUUCAUUUUCAGGGAAUUUAAAUUUGCUCAAACUAUGAUCUUUGCUAUAAAUGAGAUCAACAAAAAUCCAGGAAUACUCAACGGUGUUAAACUUGGCUAUAAGAUAUAUGAUGAUUGUGGAACUAUGGAUGUACUUAGAGCUGCACUUGCUUUGGUAAAUGGACAAAGGAGUGAACUCAUUGAGAAAAACUGUACUCGGAGUGAAACAGUACAAGCUAUACUUGGACAUUCAGGAUCAAGGCCAACUAUUCCAAUUGCACAAACUGUUGGCCGGUUUCAUGUACCUGUGAUCAGCCACUUUGCUACCUGUGCCUGUCUAAGCAACAGAAGGACGUAUCCUACCUUUUUCCGAACUAUUCCUAGUGACUAUUACCAGAGUAGGGCCCUGGCAAAGCUGGUGAAACACUUUGGCUGGACCUGGAUUGGAGCACUAGCUGUUGAUAAUGAAUAUGGCCUUAAUGGUAUUUCGGCAUUGAUACAAGCUGCAAUUGAAAAUGGUGUAUGCGUUGAGUAUUCUGAAGCCUUUUCACGAACGGUGUCAUUGCAUAAACUGAGCAGAAUAAUAGACAUUAUUAAACGCUCAACUUCAAAAGUGAUCAUGGCGUUUAUGACACAUCAAGAGAUAAAGGUGCUGGCAGCAGAGUUGUACAAACACAAUAUUACAGGACUUCAGCUUGUUGGCAGUGAUGCCUGGCUCACAGACCACUCUCUCACUGACAUUGAGGGCCACAGGAUCCUGGUGGGCUCCAUCGGCUUCACCGUCAGCAGAGCUCAGAUCCCGGGGUUGGGGAAGCACCUUAGGGAUGUUCAACCCUCACAGUUCCCUGACAGCCAGUUUGUCAAAGAUUUCUGGGAAUAUAUGUUUAAUUGCUCUCUCAAUGGGAUUGAUUAUAUGAAAAGAAAACCAUGCAGUGGGCUUGAAAGCUUACAUGACAUUGAAUCACAGUUCACUGAUGUAUCUGAAUUGAGAUUUACUAACAAUAUAUACAAGUCUGUUUAUGCUGUGGCCCAUGCUCUAAACAAUCUAUUAAAGUGUAGAGAUACCCAGAGUCCAUUUUCAAAUGGAAGCUGUGCAGAAAUAAAGUAUAUUCAACCAUGGCAGGUCCUACAGCAUCUGCAGGCUGUGAAUUUCACGACAACAAACGGGGAAAGGGUUUAUUUUGACAGUCAAGGAGACUCACCAGCGAGAUAUGAUCUUGUUAAUUUACAGAUGACCAAAAAGGGAACAAUGGAAGGUGUCACAGUUGGCAUCUAUGACGCCUCUCUUGCAGAGAACAAUCAGUUUUUAAUGAAUAACAUCUCAGUUGUUUGGGGUGAUGGUCAUACUGAGGUUCCAGCGUCAGUGUGCAGUGUGAGCUGUCUACCAGGAACACACAAAGUGCUGCAGAAACAACGGCCAGUCUGUUGUUACGACUGCAUACCCUGUCCCUUAGGCGAGAUUAGCAAUGCAACAGAUUCAAUAGACUGCAUGAAAUGUCCAUUAGAAUAUUGGCCUAAUAAAUACAGAGAUUCCUGCAUUCCCAAAGAAGUGGAAUUCUUGGCCUACAAUGAAACCAUGGGGAGUGUCGUGGUCCUUUUUUCCCUUUUUGGCGUAUUUCUGACCACCAUUACAACGCUAGUCUUCUAUUGCCACAGUGAAACCCCUCUAGUGCGAGCUAAUAAUGCUGAGCUGAGCUUCUUGCUGCUGUUCUCCUUGACUCUGUGUUUCCUGUGUUCUCUGACCUUCAUCGGCCGUCCCUCAGACUGGUCCUGUAUGCUUCGCCACACAGCUUUUGGGAUCACCUUUGUCCUCUGUAUCUCUUGUGUUCUGGGGAAGACUAUAGUGGUGUUGAUGGCCUUCAGGGCCACACUACCAAGCAGUAAUGUUAUGAAAUGGUUUGGUCCAACUCAGCAGAGACUCAGUGUAUUGGCUUUCACUCUCAUACAGGUUGUGAUUUGUAUACUCUGGUUAACAAUCAAGCCUCCAUAUCCCAUUAAGAAUAUGGAAACCUACAUGGAUAAGAUCAUUCUAGAAUGUGCCUUAGGAUCCCCUAUAGGAUUCUGGGCUGUGUUAGGGUACAUAGGACUUUUAGCUUUAUUAUGUUUCAUACUGGCUUUUCUUUCUAGAAAGCUGCCUGAUAACUUCAAUGAGGCUAAAUUCAUCACCUUCAGCAUGUUGAUAUUCUGUGCAGUCUGGAUCACCUUCAUCCCAGCUUAUAUCAGUUCUCCUGGGAAGUUCACGGUAGCUGUGGAGACCUUUGCGAUUUUGGCUUCAAGCUAUGGGUUGCUUUUUUGCAUAUUUCUACCAAAAUGUUACAUACUUUUACUGAAGCCUCAGAAAAACACAAAAAAACAUAUAAUGGGAAAGAAUUAA